AUGGCAACCCGAUGGGGACUCUGUGGUGCGGGAAAGAUCAGCAAUGACUUCAGCGUAGCCAUGAAGACUCUACCUCCUGGAGAUCACCAGAUAGCAGUGAUUGCAGCGAGGAGCUUGGAGCGUGCCAAAGAGUUUGCCAAGAAGCAUGGUAUUCCUAAGGCUUACGGCAGCUAUGAGGAGCUGGCCAACGACCCAGACAUUGACAUUGUGUACCUGGGAGUGCUGCACACAGAGCACUGGCGGGUCGCUCUGCUGUUCCUCAACACCGGGAAGAAUGUCUUGUGCGAGAAACCUUUCGCUAUGAACUCAGGACAGGUGAAAGACCUCAUCGCUGCAGCCAAGAAAAACAACGUCUUCCUGAUGGAGGCCAUCUGGUCCCGCUGUUUCCCUGUGCACGCUGAGGUGCGCAGGCUGCUGGCAGAGGAGGCAGUAGGGGAGGUGAAGCUGGUAAAGGCCUACUUCGGCUCCCCUCAGCUGCACAUCCCCCGCUCGGUGGAGAAGGGGCUGGGCGGUGGCGCGCUGCUUGAUAUCGGAGUGUACUGCUUGCAGUUUGUGCUGAUGGUGUUCAAUGGAGAGAGGCCAGAGUCCAUCCAGGCCACGGGGGUGCUGCUUGACUCAGGAGUGGAUGAGUCCGUGGCUGUCGUGAUGAAGUUCUCCAGGAACAGGAUGGCCUUCUGCGCCUUUUCAAUUGCUGUUCGACUUCCAAAUGACGCUGUCAUCAGCGGCACUAAGGGCUCCAUUAAAGUUGUUGGACCCAUGCACUGCCCUACCAGGCUCGUCGUGAACAACAAGGAGAUGGAGUAUCCUCUGCCUGAACCCUGCCUCCCUCUGAAUUUCACCAACAGCACCGGGCUUCGAUAUGAGGCAGAGGAAGUGAGGCAGUGCCUGCUUAAAGGACUUAAGGAGAGCCCACGGAUGCCUCUGGCAGACUCUGUCUUACUGACAGGGAUCAUGGAUGAAAUCAGGAAGCAGGUGGGAGUUUCCUUCAGCCAGGACAGCCAGUGACAUCUCUCCAAAGCUGAGCUGUUUCACCUG